UCAAUCGGCAGACAUCUUGCUUUUAAAUUUCAGGCAAUAUUCUUUGCAUUUCGCUUUCGCCAUUCGCCUCACUCGCAAGAGCAACACACUUCGAGACGAACGAAGUUUGCAACGAGAGCUUCCUUCAUUUUGGGACCGAAUGUCAUAAGGGCUCACGAUCCAGAAAAGAUAAAAGUUUAAACGUGAGAACCGAAAAAAAUGUUUUCGUCAAUGAAAACGCUAAUGGGUGUUGCGGCCCGCGCUGAGCAGGUUCUGGCCCGCAGCUAUGCUGCGAAGGCUGCAACUCAGGCGGCUGCCGGUGCUCAGGGAAAGGUGGUGGCCGUUAUCGGUGCCGUCGUCGAUGUCCAGUUCGACGAUAACCUUCCUCCAAUUUUGAACGCAUUGGAAGUGCAGGGCCGUGGUUCCCGGCUGGUCCUGGAAGUUGCGCAACAUCUCGGCGAGAGCACCGUUCGAACCAUCGCUAUGGAUGGUACCGAAGGUUUAGUGCGUGGACAACGAGUUCUCGAUACCGGUUUCCCGAUCCGAAUUCCAGUCGGAGCGGAAACAUUAGGUCGCAUCAUUAAUGUUAUUGGUGAACCGAUCGAUGAGCGCGGCCCUAUUGACACCAACCUGUCUGCACCCAUUCAUGCCGAAGCUCCCGAGUUCAUCGAGAUGAGUGUCGAGCAGGAAAUUCUGGUAACUGGAAUUAAGGUUGUCGAUUUGUUGGCUCCGUAUGCCAAGGGUGGUAAGAUCGGUUUGUUUGGUGGUGCUGGUGUCGGUAAAACUGUACUGAUUAUGGAGCUUAUCAACAACGUUGCCAAGGCGCACGGUGGUUAUUCCGUGUUUGCUGGUGUCGGUGAGCGAACUCGUGAGGGUAACGAUCUGUACAAUGAAAUGAUUGAGGGUGGAGUUAUCUCGCUCAAGGAUAAAUCAUCCAAGGUCGCUCUGGUAUAUGGACAAAUGAAUGAGCCCCCCGGUGCCCGUGCUCGUGUUGCUCUGACUGGAUUAACCGUUGCCGAGUAUUUCCGCGAUCAGGAGGGCCAGGAUGUGUUAUUGUUCAUUGACAACAUUUUCCGUUUUACACAAGCUGGUUCGGAAGUAUCUGCUCUGCUGGGUCGUAUUCCUUCCGCUGUAGGUUACCAACCAACUCUGGCUACCGACAUGGGUAGCAUGCAGGAACGAAUUACUACCACUAAGAAGGGAUCAAUUACUUCGGUACAGGCUAUCUACGUUCCUGCUGACGAUUUAACUGAUCCAGCUCCAGCUACCACUUUCGCUCACUUGGACGCCACCACUGUGCUGUCGCGUGCCAUUGCCGAACUGGGUAUUUAUCCGGCGGUGGAUCCAUUGGAUUCAACUUCGCGUAUUAUGGAUCCCAAUAUUAUUGGUGCUGAACACUACAAUAUUGCCCGUGGUGUGCAAAAAAUCCUACAGGAUUACAAAUCACUUCAAGAUAUUAUCGCUAUCCUGGGUAUGGACGAAUUGUCUGAAGAGGAUAAGCUGACUGUUGCCCGUGCCCGUAAGAUUCAACGUUUUCUGUCGCAACCUUUCCAAGUUGCAGAAGUUUUCACUGGUCAUGCCGGUAAGCUGGUCCCGUUGGAAGAAACCAUCAAGGGAUUCACCAAGAUUUUGAACGGUGAAUUGGAUCAUUUACCCGAGGUCGCAUUCUAUAUGGUUGGUCCGAUAGAGGAAGUUGUAGAGAAAGCCGAACGUUUGGCUAAAGAAGCUGCUUAAUUUGACGCAGAUAACAGUUAGCAGUAAUAAGUAGCACGAAGGAGGAAAGCGAAUUAUUUGAAUGGGAUAUUGAAGAGGUUUCCGAAGUCCUCCCACUUUGUUCGGAAGCUUCUUCAAAUUUCAUUCACUGUAGCGUAGAUUGAUGGAAAGAUUAACUCGGCAAUCAAGUGCAAAGUUUUAUCGAAGUUUUACAGGGGAACUUUGUAGUAAGCGAUGAAAUGGUUCAAAAUACAGACUUAUGGCAUGGAUCGUUAAAAAA